AUGGCGUCUUCAAUAUUUAUGAUUAUUGGCCUGAUAGCUUUCAGUUUUCAGCUCGCUUAUACAGUUGAGCUGCCGAAAAUUUCCAUUUCAGAGUUAAAAACACAUGUGCUAAAUGUCAGAACGACAACGCCAACAUGUGCAGUCUAUAUACGUAAACAACAAGGAGUUACGAAAUCAGCGUUAUCCGCUAAAUUCGCAGAAUUUUGGAAGAAAAUUUCUUUAGAAAUGCCGUAUGCAAGAUGGAACUAUGGAAUUGUAGAACUUGAUCAUCUUGAAGUAUCGGAUAUUUCUAUGAUGCCAUCUACUAUCCCAUCACUGGCAUGCCAUAUCGGAUUAAUGAUUCCUAAUGUUUAUAACAACACAAAAUAUCAAUAUGCAAAGAACCAUUUUCACCAGUAUUUGAUGAAUAUGUCGAAAGCUUUUAAGAGAAGUUUAAAGGCCAAUACAAUAGGCAAUACUGAUAAAAUAUUCUCCAAGAAAGGUGUAACAUUGCUGGCAUUUACUGGAUUACAUGAACCCAAGAUAGUAGAUAACGUUUUAUUUCAGGCACAAGCUAGAUGGAAAGAUAGCUUGCACUUCUAUAUCGUUAACCACCUGAACGAAGAUGGAAGUAAGCUGAUCACGCAAUUUGGUAUCCAUACCUUUCCGACUUUAUUAUUCCUAAAUAAUUCUGAUCGAGCUCGAUUUUAUAUUAUGAAAGGAUUUCUUGAAUGGAUUAAUUUAUUUAUGACGGCUUAUAAGAGCAAAUUAAUCGUUCUGAAUGAAGGUAAUUUUAAGAAAGAAGUGCUGACACCGACUCGGACUUAUAAGCCUUUCGUCGUUUGCUUUUAUGCUCAUUGGGGGCAAAACAUUAUUAAAAUGAUCGCUAGCCUAUCGCAAUCCCAUAAAAUUUACUCUACUUUUGGCUCUAAUGUGCGAUUUGGCAUGGUUAAUAUUUAUGACAAUCGAAAUGUUGUAAUGAAGUUUCCUCCUGCUGCGACACAAAUUUUGCCAUUUACGAUGCUAUUUUGGCAGACAUUUGAUAAUAAAGAGGCAAAAAUUCGACAUGAAGUUCUGGUUGAUACGAUGCCAACACCAUAUGCUCUUUACGAUUUCGCUAAGCGUGUUGAUGUCACAUUCCAUGAUGGAGUUGGAGAUUCAGUAACUCCAUGUCAUUUUAGAUUGGCAACUAGGCUACGGAGCGUAAACUGUUCAGUGUUAGCUUUGAAAGAUUUUGGUAGUGUUAAUAGAUCAGUAAUUGUGCCUUGUAAAGCGACUAUAAAAAUAUUAGACAGAAAGCGUCGAGAGUUACAUCUGGCAGAAAAUUUGAUUACAGCUCAUAAUUCGGCAAAAAUGCUAGAAAGGAAGAAAUCUAACUUUACAACGAAAGCCAAAAUAUUAAAACUUACGAUGGAGAAAUAUGCAAAGUCAACUGAUAUGCCAACACUCCAAUUUAAGACCGUUGGUCGAAUUCCAAUUAUAACAGAUAAUUUGUGGCAGGAAGUUAUUGAAAGAUCCAAAUUGCCAACAAAUUUCUAUCCUGGAAUAUCGCGUUCUAAUGAUCAACACAAUGUUGCAAUAUCUUUGGUUAUCUUUACUAAGAAUGAUUGCAAAUCCUGUAAAAAAAAGUCGCAAACCUUUCAAGAUAUCGCCAAAUUAGUACAACAUAUGGAUCAUGCUUCCAUAUAUAUCAUCAAUUGUGAUCAUGAUCCACUGAGUUGCCAACGUCAUGGAGUGUCUGGUUUUCCGUCUUUGUCAGCUUUUCGCAGCUUUGGAUGGUUUCGAGCGGAGGAAUGUUUGUCAAAGGCUGCUACUGAUUCUCCAUAUAUAAGACUGGAUUACCAUGGACCCAUUGAGACUAAGUAUGUCAUGGAUUGGUUUUCCAAGUCUACAAUAUCUAACACAAUGCCAUGGAAAAGUCGAAUGGACAAAGUAAAACUAUCUGCUAUGAGCAAAGAUGUGCGACUAGUAGCUACGGUAUAUCCCCAAAAUAGAGCUAAAAGUUUUCUAUACAGCCAAAAGAAGACAUGGUAUCCAUUAAAAUGUUUCCAACUAGCUUGUGAAAGGAUAUACGGGCAAGUCGAUUGCUAUUAUAAGCGAAGUAACAAAAUUGCUUGGUUAGAUAGUGAUGGUCAGAACCCAAUGGCUAUAUCGGAGAUUAAUAUGGAGAGAAAAGAUCAGGUUACUGCUAAUAUUAUUACGCAUGGCCGUUCCAUUGCCGAAACGAUUGAAGAUGAAAGUAAGAAUGCGAUCCAUCGAUUUCAUGCUCCUCACAGAUAUAAAAUUUCUCCAAAAAUUCGCUGUGAAGAUAAUUACCCUCAGUGCACAGAUCAUAUUGUAUCUUUUGUUAUUGAUCAUAUGAGACUGCCUAUAACUCAUAUUACUUUGGAAUCUUUCCAUAUCAGAAGAGUAAUUGGAAGUAAAGGCGCAGGUUAUCAUGCUGCAUUUGCUCCUGAUGAGCCAAUUCUGGUUGCUAUAGUCAAUGAAGUAGAUUCUCAAGAGUCAAGUACAUUUUACAAGGAAUUAUUAAAAGCUGCCUAUGCAUUAUAUCAAAAAGUUGCCAUUACUUUAUUAAACGUAGAAGAAUUUCCAACUUGGGCUUCACAGUUUGUUCCCAUUGGCUAUCAUAAAGAACAAAUAAAGAAAUACCGAAUCUAUGGCGAUGAUUUCAAACCGCUACUUUAUCGCUAUCCUCGUCUUUGCAUUCUAUACUGGAAUAAUCAUAGGCGUGCUGCAUUUUAUCCUCCACUCUCAAUGGAGAAAGAAAUUGAAGUUGAGGAUAAAGAAUAUCCUCUGACUGCAGAAAAGAUUAUGUUUUGGGUUGAUCAAUUUAAAAGAAAUCCAGAUACCCAUUGGGUUACUACAGAAAGAUUUUAA